GCUCCAAAGGCCUUUAGGUCCAGGCUCCAAUAUUACCUAGGUACAUCUCUGGAGACACACAGGCAGGGGCAUAACUAUAAUAGGGCAAGGGGAGACAGUUGUCUGGGGGCCCAUUGCUUUGGGGACCCCCCAGAAGCAAGACACAUGACUGACUCCCCCAGCCGCGCACCCACCCGGGCUUCCUUCAGUUGUAUUCAUCCUCCAGAACUGAUGUGGGUGUUCAGACCUGGAGCUACCAGAACAGCAUGUCUUUCUCUGGUGCCAUUUAAUGACUUGCAUUGUCCACAAUUGCUCACCGCCCUCUGGCACUACUUCACACAUGUUUAUCAGGAGAAUCCAUCCUUGGACCUAACAGGUGUUGAAAUCGAGCCUCGGUGGCAUCGCAUUUCAGCCUAGGUGGCAUUUCAAGUCUAACCCAGUCCCUUUAAAAGUCAGAAGUUCCCAAGGAAUGGCGGGUGGAGAGGAAAGAGCAGCUCUCCAGUUACCCCGCCUGGCAUUGGAAAGUAAGGUGUUAUUCAAAAACACCGGCCAGCUCGCCCUUAUUUGCCACACCACACGCCCCCUUAGGUUUAGAGAGAGGCGGGCAGAAACGUCCCCACUUCAAAAAGGAAAGACAGGUUUCUGACCAAGUGGUAUUGGGGUGAUCUGUGCGUGCUCCGGGGUGAGGCGCUGGGGGUGGCUGCCUGCUUCCUUCCUGUCGGAUGUCCCCUGACGGAUGUGCUGCUCGGAGGGAGCUUCUCCUCCACGUGAAGGUGCGGCUGCCUGGCUGGCCCCUCUGCCUGCUCUUGGGGGCAGCUGCCGCCUUUCCAUUGACCUGCGGCUCUGGCUCCUCCUGGCACUCCCUGCGCCAUUUCUACCUGGGGGUUUCAGAGCCCAUCGAGGGUCUUCCCUGGUUCACUCAGGUGGGAUAUGUGGAUGACCAACUCAUCACUCGCUAUGACAGCAGCACAAGGAGGGACCAGCCUCAGGUCCCCUGGGUGGAGGAGGAGGAGGAUCCUCGGUUCUGGGAGUGGGAGACCCACCAUGCUCGGGAUGCUGAGUUCUUCUUCAAGCUGGCCCUGAUGAUCCUGCAGAGUCGCUACAACCAGCAUGGAGGGCUUCACACCUGGCAGUGCCUGCUUGGCUGUGAGAUGUGCAAAGAUGGUAAGCAGAAAGGAAGGUCUAUGCUGUGUGGCUAUGAUGGGAAGGACUUCAUCAGCCUGGAUGAGGGGGCCUUCACCUGGAAGGCAGCCAAUGAAGUGGCCCAGCUGACCAAGAGGAAGUGGGAGGCUGACCUAGCCAUUGUUGAAAUAUGGAAAGCAUAUCUGGAGGAGGAAUGCUUUGGAAGCCUUCAAAAAUACCUUGACCAUGGGAAGGUGGCUCUGCUGAGGAGAGAGCCCCCAGCAAUGAAGGUGACACGCCAGGUGGGCCCUGAUGGCCUUGAGAUCCUCACCUGCCGGGCCCAUGGCUUCUACCCCAAGGAGAUCGAUGCCACCUGGAGGAAAGACGGGGAGAUCUGGGAGCAGGAGACCUUCCGUGGGGAUAUAACUCCCAACUCAGAUGGGACCUACCACACCUGGCUCAGCAUUGAGAUUGACCCCAAGGAGAGGGAGCACUACCGGUGCCACGUGGAACAUGAUGGCCUUCUGGAACCACUGGACAUGGCCUGGGAGAAGCCUGGCUCAGUGCCCAUGGAGAUCAUUGUGGGUGCCGUACUCGGGGCCGUGGCUGCUGGUCUGCUGGUGGCUGGGAUUGUCUUUUACAUCAAGAAAAGUCAGCAAGAUGUUUCCAAAGCAGUCCGAGAACGACCAGCAUUGGCAGGAGAAAGGAGCCUUUUCAUCCCCUCACAUGUACACACUGAUGAUCUACCCAGCAUCUAUGAGGAGCCUUAUCACUCUCUGCAUAGGAGAGGCAUGUACAACAAGGUUGCAGAGGACACCCCACCUGCCUCCUAUUGUCGUCGUCUAGAUACUAUGCCCCUCCCCACCUGCCACUCUAGAUCUUGGCAAGAGGAAGCGGGACAGAGAAUCUUCUUCUUGCCAUUCUCCUCUCUUCGCCGCCGAUCAUACUCUCUUAUGUCCUACGCUCCUCCUGGAAUUGCAGGGCGAGGUAGAGGAGGACCGAGGUGCAAGACCAAGCUGCAGAUGAAGAGUGUUUCACUGUAACAUGGUCAAAUAAAAGCUGCCAGGGGGGACUGGCCAUGUGGGUUCAGAGGGCAGCAAAUUGGUGCAGGUAUUUUACAUUUACAAACAGUAUUUCUCCGUCUGGAAACACAGAGUGACUCAACUCCAGGAAUGCCUGCCUCUGGUUCCGCAGAGGGGCUGUCUUCUCCUUGCAGAGCAAAUGGGGACCUCCCCCAGUACUUCAGAAUCUUGCUCCAUUGGAUUGGCUGGAAAGGGCUCUCCCUGUAUUGCCCCUCCAGCUUGGGAAAAGUAGACUGUCUUCUGAUCUUACUGGUGGUGGAAAUAUUGGCUGACAUAUUGUGCAAGGAAGGAUAUGUUGGCCCACCCAGUAAUGUUGCAUGCCUGCAAGUUGUGCAAAUGUUAUACAAGAGUAAGCCCAUUGGAAAUGAGCUUACUCUUGUGUAACAUUUGCAUAUUUUUGCAUAAAUGUAACAAUUUGUAUACAUAACAUUACUGGGUUGACAUACCCUGGCAUCAGAGAAGGGAUUUUUCUCAAAGAUGACUUAGAAAAAAGAUGACUGCAGGGAGACAUGAUAGAGGUCUAUAAAAUCAUGCAUGGUGUGAAGAAAGUGGAUAAAGAGAAAUAUUUUUCCCUCUUACAUAACACUAGAACUAGGGGUGACCCCAUGAAAUUGAUUGCCAAGAAAUUUAGGACCAACCAAGGGAAGUACUUUUUCACCCAAUGCAUAAUCAACUUGUGGAAUUCUCUGCCACAAGAUGUGGUGACAGCCAACAAUCUGGAUGGCUUUAAGAAGAGUUUGGAUAACUUCAUGAAGGAGAGGUCUAUCAACAGCUACUAGUUGGAGGGCUAUAGGCCACAUCCCGCCUCAGAGGCAGGAUGCCUCUGAAUAGCAGUUUCAGGGGAGUAACGGCAGGGGAGAGGGCAUGCCCUCAGCUCCUGCCUGUGGCUUCCAGUGGCAUCUUGUGGGCCACUGUGUGAAACGGGAUGCUGGACUAGAUGGGCUUUGGGCCUGAUCCAGCAGGGCUUUUCUUAAAUAGCAACUGAGCCAGCAGGCAUGGAAGGGACUCAGUUACACAGCUCUCUUGGUGUUGCCCUGAAAAGGGAUGAACUUAAGCCUAAGGAGGGAAAUGAUAGAUUGAUAGUCUCUCUCAGAUUUCUUCAAUCCUAAACCACGGAUUCAGCCUGCAUCGCUCCUUGUCAUUUUCACUGCUGCUAUGUGCGUGGGGGGAGGGGUGAGCCAAGCAAUCUAAAACACAACAAAUAUAAAACUGUAACAACAAUUUCACAUAGUAAAAGCAGUUUAAAAAACCCCAGGAUAAAAACAACUAAACAGUUUAAAAUUAAUUGUAUUUACAACUUCAAAGAACUGUUAAAAGUCACCCCUUUGCCCCGUAUCUGCCCCAAAGACAUGCCAACUUCAAAAAUCACCCUUUUGCCCAAUCAUUCUGAAAUCUGGGUGGUAGUGCCCCAAUAGCUGGGCAAAGGGGUGAUUUUUAAAUGAUUUUUGAAGUUGGCAUGUCUUUGGGGCAGAGAUGGGGUUUCAGGGGCAGAAGAAUGGCCCAGAUGGUAGUGCCCCAAUGGGUGCCUGCUACCAUCCAGAUUUCAAAGAAAUUGGUGGAAGGGGUGAUUUUUAAAGAAUUUCUGAAGUUUGCGCAUCUUUAAGCUUUUCCCCAUAGGGAAUAAUGGGGAUUUCAGCAGCCCCAUAACUCCACUUGGGGGGCAUCAGGGUGGCCCAGAGCAAGGUGUGGUGUAGUGCACAUAGGGUGCCAACCCACCCCCCAAACCACAAGCCCAUGGGGCACUGGGUUUUGCUUUUUUCAGUGUCUGAGGUGUUAGAUUCUCUGGUAGGAAAUGACUGAGAGUGGACUUCCCUAGUUAUAACCAGCACUUUGCAUUUUGCCUGGAAACUUAUUGGCAGCCAGUGAAGCUCCUUUAAUAUAGGAGUGAUAUGGUCUCUUCAAGAUGAUCCAGAGACCAACCUGACUGCUUUACCAAUUGCAGUUUCCGGACUACAUACAAAGGCAGCCCCACAUAGAGCAUUGGGGCACUACCACCCGACCCACUGUGGCACUCCUAGGAGGCACCCAGAGGCAGAAAUGGGCACUGUUUGUCCCCAUUAUCCCAUAGGGUGGAUGCAGCACACAUCAGCAACAGCAGCAGAGCUUUGCAAAGAACAAGGUUUCCAAAGGUCACACACACACCACAUCCACUGUGUCCCACCAUCCCCCUCAACAGAAAUUAUUAUUUUAUUAUUAUUUUUAAUUAUUAUUUUGAUUUCUAUAUCGCCCUUCCAAAAAUGGCUCAGGGCAGUUUACAAAGAGAAACAAUAAAUAAAUAAGAUGGCUCCCUGUCCCCAAAGGGCUCACAUUCUAAAAUGAACAUAAGACACACACCAGCAACAGUCACUGGAGGUACUGUGCUGGGGGUGGAUAGGGCCAGUUACUCUCCCCCUGCUAAAUAAAGAGAAUCACCCCAUUAAAAGGUGCCUCUUUGCCAAGUUAGCAGGGGUUGCAAUUGAUCUACACACAACAGUGUGAAACAACAAUGAAAUGCACUGACCCACAUGCCCCUUCCCAAUGCAGGAUAACAGCAGCAGCCAGAAACCAGCGAGUAAGUGUGAUAUCGCAGAUGCAGCCGAUUAGGGCCAACAACGUCAAAUGCCCUCCCUCCCCCAAGCAUUUCAUCAACAAGCAACUGACACAGCUACAUCUGGGGCACCCGGCCAUAAAUGGGUUAAGUAAGGAUGCAAAACAUUCUGCCAGUGGUACAGUGAGGUUGGGCCCUCCUCUCACCUACACAAGUAGAAGAGUGAUAAUAUCAACAACGGCACACAAUUUUUGGUGCAUUUUUUUUGACAUUUCUGCAACGGAUCAGAGCCUGUGGCACCAGCACAACCGAUUGUAGAUGCAAGCAAUCUAGUUUGAAUAAAAAUGAUGACGAUUCUAGAAGUCACAAUAUGACCCAAUCUUCAUUGCAAAGAAGUCCACAGAGAGAGAGAGAGAGAGAGAACCUGUCCUGUGCCCAUCCAUGAGGUCCCCCAAAUACACAGGCACAACAAAAAACCAAACCAAGGCAUUUGAAUUGCAUAAUAUUGAGUAUUUAAGAGAAUGUCUUCUUCACUAUGAGCCCCAUCGCCCAUUGAGAUCAUCCGGAGAGGUCCACCAGCUUGUCUGGUGGCUACAUGGGGACGGGCCUUCUCUGUUGCUGCCCCAAGACUUUGGAAUGCGCUCCUUGCUGAAAUAAGAGCCUCCCCAUCAGUGACAACUUUUUAAAAUACAUAAAGACUUAUUCCUUCAACCGUGGUUUUUAAUCUAACUGUGUGGUUUUUAAUUGUUUUAGGGUUUUUAUCUUCUGUAUUUUAACUUGUUUCAUGUUGCUGUCAACUGCCAAGAAUUAAAAGUUUCGGGUGGUAUAGAAGUAUGAUAGAUACUUUAUUCUAUCUAUCUAUCUAUCUAUCUAUCUAUCUAUCUAUCUAUCUAUCUAUCUAUCUAAUACAAUUCGUGCUUGUCUUCUGUUAUCAUUCUGCCUCAAGCAAGCACAACAUUAUCUAUGUGUACAAAUGGCAACAAAUUAAAAAUGAGGUCUAUUGGGAAAGGUUCUGUCAGGGGAAGGAGAGGAAGAGGGCCAGUCUUCUUGCAGAGCAAACAGAGACAUCCCCUACUACUUCAGAAUCUUACUCCGUGGAAUUGGCUGGAAAGGGCUCUCCUUGUAGCAAAAUAUAUUGACCUUCAGCUUGGGAAAAGUAGACCAUCUUCUGAUCUUACUGGUGGUGAAAAUAUUGGCUGACAUAUUGCACAAGGAAGGAUUUGUUAGCCCAGUAAUGUUGCAUGCUUGCACAUUGCGCAAAUGUUAUACAAGAGUAAACCCUUUGGAAAUGAGCUUGUGUAACAUUUGCCUAUUUUUGCAUUUGUACAAUUUGUGUAUACAUAACAUUCAGGCGCGGAGCAGGACCACCGGCGGCCUGUGUGUGGCGGCUGCUGUGGCCCCGCUGACUCCGCCCCCGCGUCUGACAUCAUACGCGGGGGCUAGCCACACCCCCGCACCUGACAUCAGAUGUGGGGGUGUGGUCUAGCUGAACGGAGCCUUGAGGCUCCGUUCGGACUGGGAGGGGAGAGAGUUGCCCUUUAAUGGCCAAAGGGGCCGCAUGGCCCCUUUGGCAGUUAAACGAAGGCUGGUGCUGCUUUUGCAGCGCAGCCCAGGAGCGGCUCUUCCCUGUGUGGCCCCUUCAGGAGCUACAGUGCGCAACCAGAAGCAGAUCUUCCCUGCUUUUGUUUAGCUCCUGAAGGGGCCACGCGGCCCCUGCUCGGGAGCUAAACUAGCCUCCCUGCGUCUGACGUCAGAUGCAGGGUGUGUGUGUCGGGGCUGCGUCUUGCGGCCCCUGAUUGGUCGGCAGUCCGGGUUCUUUGAACCCGUUGGCGCAAUGGUGGCUCCACCCCUGAUAACAUUACUGGGGUGACAUACCCUGGCAUCAGAGAAGAGAUUUUAUUUCAAAGAUGAGAUUUUAUAAGUUUGAAAGCAUUUUAGAAGUAUUUAUUGAGCUUUCUUUCUUUCUUUCUUUCUUUCUUUCUUUCUUUCUUUCUUUCUUUCUUUCUUUCUUUCACUUCCUCCAAGGAGAUCAGAGCAGUGUACAUGGUUAUUUUUUAUUACUAUUAUGAAUUUAUAUAUACUGCUUUUCAAUAAAAAAGUUUCCCAUAUACAAAGAAAUAUGAUAGUUCCCUGUCCCAGAAUAGGGAUGUACACAAAACCAGCUUGGCCCGUUUGGUUCAAAUUCAAACCAGAUUCAAACCAGGGUGGGUAGGUUUGGUUUUUGUUUUGCUUGAACCCCCUGGUUGCUUGAAACACUCCCCCCCUUUCAGUUUGAAUUUGAACCCCAUUCAAACCGGUUCGAAAAGAUUCUACACGGUAUAAUGGGGACUCAAACCGGCCCAUUAUUAUGUAGAGCACCUAGGAGCACAAAACUGGGGUGAGUGGUUGGCACCCAGGGCUGCCAACCACCCACCAAACCCCACAGCUCUUUUAUUGUUAUCUGUAAAGUAAUUAAAAUACAAAACACUAGCCUACACCCAUCCUACCCAGGGUGUUGAAAAAAGGUUCUAUAAACAUUUAAGUGUGUAUUAAGACAACCUAUUUUUAUAAUCUUACGAAGUAUUCUUAAUUGUAUCUAAAAGCUGAGAAAGCCUCGGAUGGAAGCAGUCUGUAGUAAUUGAAUAAAACUGUUUUUUAGCUCUUUUCUUUUUACAAGCCUCUCCGAGUUGGUUUUUAACUUAGGAAAGGUGGGGGGCAAAGGGGGAUUAUUCUGGUGCAAACAUGUCCUCGGGGGCUCAGCAUCUAUCAGCUUUCUCACCACAUGUAGGCUUGCACAUGGAAGAUUUUUGUACUUAUCUAACAGCAAAAUAAAGAGAAUUUUUCCUGGGAUUCUACCCUAAGCCCAGGGAACUUCAAGCUCUGUCAGUCAGAGGGGUGGUGGCGGUAGGCUUUUGAACCUACCGAUAAUACAUAAGAGUUUUAGGAGAAGCCUAGCCAGGCAGCUCCACAGGGAUGAUCCAGCAUUUCUUUCCCUCAUGUGAGCUUGCUCUGAGGCAAAGGCUUUAAUCUGCUACAACUCUGAUUUUGAAAGAACUGCACUGGCUACCAAUAUAUUCCUGAAUGACAUACAAAGUGCUGGUUAUUACCUAUAAAGCUCUCCAUGGAAUGGGUCCAGGGUAUUUAAGAGAAUGCCUUCUUUAUCAUGAACACUGUUGGCUAUUAAGGUCACCUGGAGAGGUCCAGUUAUGGUUGCCACCAUUUCAUUUGGUGGUGACUCAGGACCGGGCCUUCUCUGUGGUUGCCCCGGGGCUUUGGAAUAUGCUCCCUGUUGAAAUAAGAGCAUCUCCUUCUUUGUUUCGUUUUAGAAAGACCCUCAAGGUGUACCUGUUUUCUCAGGCUUUUAACUGAAAAAUGUAAACUAUUUAAUGUGUUUUUAACUUGAGAUGGUGUUUUUAUUUGUUUUGUGAAUUUUAAUUUUUACAUUUGUUGUGUUUUAACUUGUACCCCCCUAGACAUGCAUUUAUAAAUAUGCGUUUAUCAGGUGGUAUAGAAAGAUGAUAAAUAAAUAAUUAAAACAAA